GUGCGAUGGUAUUUUCUUUCAAUAAUGUGGGCAAAAAUCAACUUCUUUGAAACAGCUCUGACUAGAGACGAAGUCUAUCCUGUAAAGGUCACACCCUGGUUUUCCGAGAAGAGCAACAAACUGAGAUCCAUAUCUUCUUCUUUGUUCGUGCCUGCUAGAUAUUGUUAAAUCACCCAACUUUUUUAAUUCAAUCUAGCUGAAUUCGCAGCAGUUCAAACUUCAAAUCGAGAUACUAAGUUCCCAAAAUGAGCGACAGUGAUGAUGACGACCUGUUACAGAUGGCUUUGAAAGAGCAAUCUCAGAGAGAUGUCAACUACUCAAGACCAUCUCAGUCUCGAUCCUCAAAACCUGUAGUCAAUUUUGUUCAACCGCCGUCAAAUCACAGGUCUGCUAAAAACCCUAAUCCAGUGACCACCACAAAACCACAACAUCGUCGGAACGCUACAGAGGACGAUGAUGAAUCGGAAGUGGAGAUGCUUAGUAUUUCUUCAGGCGAUGAAGAUUCGGUUGCUGAUCAGAAGGCCGGGUCGAGGAAUCGGGCCAAGGGUGCAGGUAGAGGUGGUGUGAAGGAUGAUGAUAAACUUUGGGUUGGGGAAGAACCCGAUGCUUGGAAGCGAGUAGAUGAAGCAGAGCUUGGCAGAAGGGUCCGUGACAUGAGGGAGACAAGAACACCACCUCCAACAACAACUCAAAAGUUUGAGAAAAAACCAUCAGUUGCUAUAAAAGGCCUCAAUAAUUUACACUCUUUCUCCCGUGGCAUGGAAUUUGUAGAUCCUCUUGGACUUGGGGUUAUAGACAACAGAACAUUGAGGUUGGUUAAUGAAUAUACAGCAAGUUCUCCAUCCAAGUCUGACAAAGUAGAUGCUGAUGUUCGAGAUAAAUUGAUGUAUUACUCUGAAAGUUUUGAUCCAAAAUUAUUCCUAUGUCGGGUCCACCAAGAUACAGCUGCAGCAGACUUGGAGGCUGGUGCUUUGGCAUUGAAAACUGAUCUUAAAGGAAGAACUCAACAAAGAAAACAAUUGGUCAAAGAAAAUUUCGAUUGCUUUGUCUCUUGCAAAACAACAAUUGAUGAUAUUGAGUCAAAAUUGAGAAGAAUAGAAGAAGAUCCGGAAGGUUGUGGAACAUCUCAUUUAUAUGGUUCUAUUCAAGGAGUCACUUCAGUGGCUAAUCGUGCUUUUGCACCCCUACUUGAAAGACAGGCUCAAGCAGAAAAGAUUAGGUCAGUUCAAGGGAUGCUUCAGAGAUUUCGCACUUUAUUUAAUUUACCAAGUGCAAUACGUGGUAAUAUUAAUAAAGGAGAUUAUGACCUGGCAGUCAGAGAAUACAGAAAAGCAAAGUCAAUUGUUCUCCCUUCUCAUGUUGGAAUAUUGAAACGUGUUCUUGAGGAAGUUGAAAAAGUGAUGAACGAGUUCAAAAGCAUGCUUUAUCGGUCUAUGGAAAAUCCACAGAUUGAUCUAACAAAUCUUGAAAAUGUUGUGAGGCUUCUAUUGGAGCUGGAACCUGAGUCAGAUCCUGUACGCCAUUAUCUGAAUGUACAGAAUCAUAGGAUCCGAGGUUUGCUUGAAAAGUGCACAUAUGAUCAUGAAACAAGGAUAGAGAAUUUACAAAAUGAGCUACGGGAGAAAGCACUGUCUGAUGAAAAAUGGAGGAAAAUCCAGAUUGAAUUAAAUGAAACUGGUGAUGUUGAUUGUGUGAAUGAUUUAAAUUCACAACAAAGAGAUUCAGGUGCUGAAGAACUUGAUGCUCUUAGAGGAAGGUACAUAAGAAGAUUAACUGCUGUAAUUAUUCAUCAUAUUCCAGCCUUCUGGAAAGUUGCCAUUUCUGUUUCAAAUGGGAAAUUUGCAAAGUCUUCCAAAGUCAAUAAAACUGAGGAAAAGACGGGAGAUGAAAAAUAUUCAAGUCAUUCUCUUGAUGAAGUGUCUGGAAUGAUACAGAAUACCUUAUCUGCAUAUGAAUCCAAGGUUCACAACACGUUUCUUGAUCUUGAAGAGUCGAAUAUUCUUCGCCCGUUUAUGAGUGAUGCAAUAAUAGAUAUAUCUAAAGCCUGUGAAGCCUUUGAAGCAAAAGAAGCAGCACCAUCUGUUGCAGUUGGAGCUCUGAGGACACUUGAGUAUGAGAUUACAAAAACUUACAUACAGAGGCUUAGUUCAUGGAUGAGGGCUUCAACUGAAGAAAUAUCAAAAAAUGAAUCAUGGAUUCCAGUUUCUGUUCUUGAGAGAAAUAAAUCUUUAUACACAAUUUCUCACUUGCCUUUAGCAUUCCGUUCAGUUAUGGUCACAGCAAUGGAUCAGAUAGAUAUGAUGAUGCAGUCUUUAGGGAGCGAAGCAAGAAAGUCAGAAGAUGCUUUUAUCCUGUUUCAAGAAACUCAAGAAUCCGUUAGGCUUUCGUUCUUAAACUGUUUGCUUGAUUUUGCUGGUUACUUGGAGCAAAUUGGAAGCGAGAUUGGUCAAAAUAUAUUAAAUAAAGAAAAUUCAUCUUUUCAAAAUGGGUAUCCUGUUGAUGAUCUGGAAGAAAGUUCAUCUGAUCCUCUUCCUGGAAGUAUUACACAUCCACAUCAAAAGCUGCUGAUGGUGUUGAGUAACCUAGGAUUUUGCAAAGAUGAUCUUUCUCGUGAAAUGCAUGAUAAAUACAAACACAUCUGGAUGCAAUCCAGGGAGAAAGAUGAUGAGGACAAUGAUGUGGGAGAUUUGGUUAGGUCUUUCUCUGGGCUGGAAGAAAAAGUUCUUUCACAGUAUACAAUUGCAAAGGCAAAUCAUGUUAGAACAGCUGCUGUCAACUAUUUGUUGGAUGCUGGAGUACACUGGGGUGGAGCACCUGCAGUGAAAGGUGUAAGGGAUGCUUCUGUUGAGUUACUCCACACUCUUGUAGCUGUACAUGCAGAGGUUUCUGCUGGUUGUAAGCCUUUGCUUGACAAGAUACUUAGGAUUCUGAUUGAAGGCUUAAUUGACACAUUACUUAGCCUUUUUCAUGAACAUAAAGACACGGAUGUAAGAACAUUGGAUGCAAAUGGGUUCUGCCAGCUUAUGCUUGAGCUUGAAUACUUUGAGACGAUAUUAAACCAGUAUUUGAGUCCGGAUGCAAGUGAAUCUCUGAAAUCACUACAAGGGGUAUUAUUGGAAAAAGCCACCGAAAGUUCCUCCGAACCCAAUGAUACUCCAAAGCAUCGUCGCCGUGUAACACGUGGAAGUGAUGAUAUGAUUGCAGAUGAUAGACAAGGGACCGUGUCUCCAGAUGAGCUAAUCGCACUUGCCCAACAAUGUAGCAGUGAGCUACUGCAAUUAGAGCUAAAAAGGACUGAGAUCAACACAGCAUGUUUUGGUGAGUCGCUUCCAUUGGAAUCUGGUCCGGUUGUAGUGCCCAAACCAGGUUAUGGUUCGUUUAGAGGCCCAGUAGACUCUUCUCCAAGCAGGGUUUACGGGUCUCCUAGUUUUUCAAGACAAAAAAGGAGAUGAGGUUUGGAUUUUUUUUAUAAUAUAUAUACAUCGAAAACAUGAUUGUAUGUUUGUGUAGAUGUUAGAAUAAUUAGCAUAUUCUUUAAACUUUGUGUUGCUUUGUAAUUUUUAAUCGGUUUGAGGUAUUUCUGUUGUACAUACCAAAUUAUAUAUUAUGUUGUUUUUGAUAUUAUUU